AUGACUAAUUGGAGAAAAGCAAUGGAAGUAUUUAAUACGCAUGUUGGUGGUGUAGCUAGUGUUCACAAUGAUGCAAGAACACAACUUGAGACUUUUCAAAAUCAACGACAAAGUGUGUCACAUUUACUACAAGCACAAGGGCGUGGAAUGGAGAAGGCUAUUGAUGAAUUGUUUGCAAAACAUAAGUUGUCAUUAUCAAGAUUGAGAGGUCAAGGAUACAAUGGAGCUUCAAAUAUGCGAGGUGAGUAUAAUGGAUUGAAGGCUCUUAUAUUGAAGGAAAAUUCAUCUGCAAGGUAUGCCCAUUGUUUUGCUCAUCAACUUCAACUAGUUGUUGUUGCAGUUGCUAAAAGCAAUCGAAUUGUGAGUGAUUUCUUCCAAUAUGUUACUAUGAUUGUGAAUAUCACUGGUACUUCAUGCAAAAGAAAAGAUAAGUUUAGACAACUUGAACAUGAUAGACUUGUAGAAUGUUUGGAGACAGGAGAUAUUGUUAGUGGCAAAGAAAAAAAUCAGGAAAUUAGUUUAAAACGACCAGGGGAUACUCGUUGGGGUUCACAUUACGUGACUAUUAUCCGUUUGAUGUCUACGUGGACUUCUGUUUUACAAGUGCUUGAAAAUGUGUAUGAUGAUGGUACUAAUGAUGAUAAUAGUGGUAUCGCCACCAGUUUGAUUGAUAAGAUGGACAGUUAUGAAUUUGUGUUUGUGAUGCAUUUGAUGAAAUCUUUAUUGGGAAUUACAAAUGAAUUGUCACUUGCCUUACAACAAAAGGAUCAAAACAUUGUAUUGGCUGUCAGUUUGAUCAAGAUAAUGAAAGAUUGA